AUGGCCUCACAGCUGACCGAUCGGCUACUAUGGCUGUGUCUAGGCGCCUCUCUCUUCCUCGCUGCGCGCGGCAUCGCUGCCGAUCUCCGCCGUGUGCGCCACUUGACAGAGAUCAAGCAUGCCGAGAAGGAGGACAAGAUGAUCAGUGAGGCCCUGAAACUAGACACUUUGUUGAAGCUCUCCGAGAGCACGAGUUAUGAUCUCCGUGCGGCUUCCUUGCGGAUUAUCGCUGAACGUUCUACAAAGGGCGAGACCCGGGACCUAAUACUGCUGGACCUGGCAAGUAGGGACAAAAGUCGACGGAACAAAGCGCUCAGUGCCAUGCACUUCCUGGUUUCCAAUCGAGCACUGGCUCGAACCUCCGUAUGUACUCGAUUGAAAGACCUGGAGACCUACAACGCCCUCGUGGACUGUCUCUGCAACUUUCUUGAGGAGCAUAUCGAAGAGACAUCAGCUACGGUAUCCCCUAUCUUUCCGAAAACGAGACCCGUGGGCGAGAAGAAGGCCUUGAGUACUCUCAAUCUAAUCCUACAAGAAAACAUCCCCGCUGCAUUGGAAGCCGGCGUCGUCAGUCGCUGGCUUGCUCGGUAUCCGUUCCCUUGUGCCCUCUCGGAGCCGUCGCGACGGCAGGACGUGGUCAUCCUCAUGAAGACGUGGUGGUCCGAUGAUGCGAUCAUGAGUGCGAUAUUCAGCACCCUUUCAUCUCACCCGGAAGGUACGAAGCAGCUACGGAAGUAUGGCUUGAUGGGCAGCCUGAUAGAGGAGAACGACCAAGACGACGAAGACAGCGACGUAUGGAUGGUAGAUGGGGAAGAUACCGCUGGUUCCAGGCGAAUUUCAGCGCGCCGUUUCACCGAACGCAGUUCCGAGGAGCAAGCUGUAAGGAGGCGGAGGAGGGAGGCUAUGGUAUUGAGUGAUGGAGGACAGCCACUGGGGAACGACAAUAUUAUCCAAUUGCCUAUUUCGGAAUGA